AUGAUUCGAAAAAAUGAUGUUAAUGGGGACUUAUCAUACAUAAUGAAAACAAGGCAAAAUUCUCUUCAUCCGACUUAUAUAUCGACUAGGAAGUUUGAAAUCAAAGCAAGCCAUGCAGAAGUAAUAGGAGACCUCGAACAAAUAAUAGGCUCAGUCCCAAACAUUUCUUCAGCGAAAAAGAACAAAUCACAACCUUUUUCUCCGGCUGAAUUUCCCAAGCGUCAAAAGCUCAAGCGAGCAGUCAAAAAUAAUUCCUCAGAUCCUAUAAUUCCUGAAGCCGCUAUUGGGAUUUUAGGAUUUGCGUCCUUUCUGAUUGAAGCUGAAACCCAAUCUCAAAUUCCCAUAGUAGCGAAGCAGCCAAAGAAAACUCAGAAACCUGUUGUAAAACAGCCAAAAAAACAAAAUAAUACAGCAAAACCUGAAAUAAAAGCACAAGUUUCGUGUAUGAAGCCUGAAAUCAAAACACAGAUUUCCUUUAUGUCGAGAAAUUUUGGAAUGUAUAUGAAUUAUCCAUCUGUGGCUGUAUUUCCUCAGGCUUUUAAAUUUAUGCCGCUUACUGCAAGAGAGCUACCGAGAGCUGCAAAUCAUUUGAAGAUUGCGUUUUGAAUCAAUAAGCAUGCAAAAGCUGAAAAGCAAAAGUCUGCAGCUGCAGAGUGUUAA